AUGAAUGAAACUUUUCAGUUACAUUCAUGUCGUGAUUCGCAAAGAAUCUCAAAUAUCUUCAUGAUUGCUGUAGUCAUGAUUGGAUCUGUAGUUGGAAACGGCUUAAUUUGCCUCUUACUUAUAAGAUUCAAAACUUUGAGAACAGUGCCCAACAUCCUCAUCGCCAACUUAGCUGCUGUUAACAUUCUCAAUGCACUGACCAACAUGCCUCUUUUCAUCUUGUGGUACAUUUGUAAAGUGCCCUUCCUUAAGGGUCGUUUAAUCUCCUGGAUACUGGUCACAUGGUAUGUAUUGUUUGUAUACCUUACCGUGUUCAACCUCACGGCACAGGCGAUGGACCGUUUUGGGGCCAUUGUGCACGGCUUACAUUACUAUGCGUGGAAAACAAAGAAAAAAGCCAAGGUAGCGGUACUUUUUGUAUGGCUUCUCGCGGCCUUAUACACAUAUGGUAUGUUUACACUUGGAUUGGAUAUUGAUUUAGGCGACGCUCCAGUGCUGGUAUACAGGAUGACCUACUUGAAAAUUUUCGGGAGGCACUUCAUCAUCCCUGGAAUUUUGGUUCCAUUCUUUUUAAUGCUAAUAUUAGGAGUGGCCAUUUGUGUUAAGGUGCGUAAUCAUAGAAAGCGUUUUUCGACUUUCUUCUCCGUAAAAAUUCGAUUCGGAAACGACGUAAAGACCGCGAGGACAAUUGGUGUAACAGUGUUGGCGUAUUUCUGUAUGAAUGUGAUACCAAUGUUAUUACACAACCUAAUGAGACGCCGCGGUAGCUGGACUCACUUCCUCGCGUUCUUCCUCAUGAAACUGAACAGCAUGGUGAAUCCUAUCAUUUAUGCUUUGAAGACUCCAAGGUAAGUUCAGUCUGUGAGGUAUGGGGUUAAAAGUUGGCUUUAGGAAUUUUAGGAAGACAUGUAAUUCUUAUCCUUACAGAGACUCAUGCAAGGUUAAAUCUUUUCGUCAAACUGUGUACCAGCAUUGACGAAUUCUGUUUUGGCAUAAGCGGAGGAAGACAGCUCUUUUCUAAACUGUCCUUUUUUUUUCUAAAUUUAUGGCUACACUAGGUGUUCUAAAUAAAAGUCGCACUUUUCAACGGCCUGGUUUUGAAUACAAGAAAACUAGGUCCGAAAGGCCACUCAACGAAAGGGCAACUUUAUUUAAUUAUCGAGUUGCUUUUUACGGUAAUUCAAACCCAAAAUAUUGGCCUUCUUUAGUUUAUUAUCGUUUAUGGUAGAAUAUCCGGGAGACUAUAGGAAAGUCUUGGAAUUUUGAAACCUCAUGACUAGUCUUCUCUUGUGAAAAACAACUCAGAAAUGCCAACACGUUGCUGUGUUCCUCUGUGUACGAAGAAGGAAUGUCGAGUCGAAGUAACUGAUGCCAAUAUUUCUUACUUCCGAUUUCCAACCGAAGAAAACCUGAGAAAACAGUGGAUUCACCCGAUAAGAAGGGGUUUGGGGAAGAAUUUCUCUAUAUUAAAUUCAACCAAGAUUUUCUCAAGGCAUUUUAUGGCUGAAGAUUUCAAGACUACUCUAACGCAUGUGGCGUCUUUAAAAGCGGGAGAAGUGCCUUCAAUUUCCAGUGCCUUCAAUUUCCAGGCCCUACGCCUGGUUUAAAGAGUGGUCUUGAAAUCUUCAGCCUUAAAAAGCUUUAAGCAAACCUUGAUUGAAUCUGAUAAAGAGAAAUUCUUCCCCUUGUUCCUGCUUUUUUCGUGUAGUAUAUCCUUCAACUUCUAAACUGAUAACGUACAGUAGUAGGGGCUUAUAAUCCAACGAAGGAAACAGUUUGUUCACUUAUAUUUCAACAGGUUCCGCAGAGCUCUGGCACUCUUACUGAAAGAACCACAUGGCCAAUCAGAACCCAAUAUGAACUCAAUAUGA